AUGGAAUCAAAGUCGAUCGAUACAACAUGCAUCAAGGACGAUGAUGAAUCAGAUGAGUUGGAUGAAUUUUUCGAUGCGACAGACAAAAGUUUCGAUUGUGGAAACUCCGAUUUUUAUGAUGAUGAUGUACAGUUUAUCAGCCAAGAACCUUGUCUUUAUUAUGAUCAAAUAAAAGAAGACUAUGACGAAUUAGCGUUAAUGCUUAAUUCCACUUUAGCUAGCGAAUAUAAUGGUGCUAAUGCUGCGCGUAUAAUCGCUCAUUUUUUUAGCGACUGGAAAAUUGUGUUAGAAAACAAAGCAAAUGAUAUGGGUUUUCCUGAUGUUGAUGCACUCCUGAAACACUGUGACUAUAUAGAACAAGUGUCAUUUGUUAAUGGUUGCGCUGUUUACAGGGCGGCUUGUAAACCGGAAAACGAGCAUAUUCUUCAGAGGGUUGCAGAUUGCUACUUAGAGGAGCAUCAGAAGAACGAAAAACGAAGAAUCCAGAAGUUGAUUGAGUUGAAAAACCCUGAAAACGCAAAAAAUUAUAUUGAGGGUAAACGCCGAAUUCUUCAAAUUUUAAUGGAUUUGAAUGCAUAUGAAAUAGAUGUUGAUUACGAAUUCGUAAGAAAAGAAUACAUGAGACGUUAUGAAGUCAGCCUAAAUUCUUCGGAACAUCAUCGGUUAUUCAUGAAUAGAUCAGCAUCGAAAAAUUUAUGCCGUGUUUUUGUUCAAGAAGUUACAAUCACUAGCUAUAAUCCAAUACACCUAAGACUCAAAAGUGCUUCUGUGAAGAUGAGUGAAUCUGAGAUGAGAUUUUCUGAAAGGUUAUUUCUUGCUUGCAGUAAAAAGUCAUUAACUUCGUUUUUCCUUGCUUGUAACACCCUAAGUUCGUCUGCAAGUCUAGUUCCGGAUGAAAUAAAUGAAGAUCUACAAAUAUUGGCCAGUUCCGAAAAUAUUGAACUUCCAACAUUUCCUACUAAAAAUCAAUCAUGUCUUCCUGUUGCGGUACCAAAAAAAAGUGUUAUUCAUUCAACAUUUAAAAAACAUGCACAAUGUAGUAGUGGUCCAGAUUAUUUUUCGGAGAGAGUUUGA